AUGGAUACUGUCAAUUCUCCGGGGAUACGUUCCUCCAACCCCUCAUCCACCUUCUUACAAAAUCCACCACAUCCGCUAUGCAAUCCAUGCUGCACGUCCUUUUUCUCCCAAUACCUUUCUAGAGCAAUGCUAAUGAUGGGUGACUCUACCAACAUGUCUGAAUCAAGGGAUACAAAUUCGCAUGCGCCAAAGCCCUCGGUGAACUUGAAAGUACACUACCUCAAUCACUUCAACAUCACUAUUUUCAAAGUCCUCUCCAAAUUCGACCUCCGCCGCAUAGCUCGUGUCGCCAAUGCCACGCCUCUCGCAUGCAUCAGUGCACCCACCCUAGAGGAAGCUGGCUAUGUCGACAUCCUCGAGGCGACGGAGAUCGGUAGAGACCACGUCGCCGUCCUCCUGCCGGCUAGGACGGGGGCGAUGGCCAACCAUCUCAACGACCUCGAGCGCACCAUCGACGAUGGCGUUUAUGUGCGACGGAGCUGUGAGCUAGGCAAGCGUGUUGAGGCAUACGGGAGCGAGAUGAGGAAGCUGGCUGUGAAGCGGUAUGCUACAUCACUCGAAGUCAUACCUCAAACGCUUGCUGAGAAUGCACUGGGAGGUGCUGAGGGUAACGAGGUUCUCAGUCAGUUGUGGGCUAAGCACGAACAGAAGGGUGGCAAAGUUUGGGGCGUCAAUGUGAACGUAAAAAUAUGCUUGCCGCAUACCCCGAAAUUCGCACCCAUCGAUCACCCGCUACUUCCAAUGGGUGAUUCUAUUAACAUGGUCAUCAUCCUCGCAGGAAAACUGCUCAAGAAAUCAGAGAACUUUCUCGUGAUGGGCUUCCACCCUGGCGAGGUCAUCAGAGGAUAGGAACUCAUAUGCGCCAAAGUUCUCGCGGAACCUAAAAAUCUAUCGACAUCCAGCCUACUGUCCCCUUUCACGUAGGAAUCCCUUAUUACAGCCCUCAGACCCGC